GCAGCAGACGCUGUGAAACCACACGCUCAGUCACAGGACCACAGCGGCACUAAAAACACACACCAGUACUGCAAGUGAAACUCUGAAGACGCACAGUAGACACACAGGAAGCAUGGACUAAAAACAGCAGGCUCGCUUUAGAAAUAUCAAACUCGAGUGAGAAAAGUCAGGUCAGAUUUUUAACCAAAAGGACGAUCUGGAGGAGCGGAGAUUUACUCGCGACUGCUGAAUCACGAGGUGACGAUGGAGAAGUCGGAGAUGUUCGGCUUCUCUCUGGAGACGGACGACAGGACGGAGGAGGAGAAGAGGCAGCAGAAAGAGGCGAAGAAGGGCGGCCUGGUUUCUGCUCUGGGUUUUGGCGAGGAGUCGCCCAAGGCUCCCAUGGACACCGACUACCAGGAGGAGAUGGAGACGACGCAACCUAAAAUCAGAUUCAACCUCAACUUUGACAAAGGGAUUCGAGGUGAGGCGAAGCAAAGUGGGAAGAGAGACAGCAAAACGUUCAACAUCGACAGGUUGUUUGAGGCGGCGGCCAGCGGGGACGUCCGAAACCUGGACGGCCUGCAUCUGUACCUGCACCAGAACAUGAAGAAACUCUCUGACUCUCUGUAUAAGUCCUACGGUAAAACGGCCCUGAUGAAGGCUCUGCUGCACCUCAAGGACGGCAAAAACGAGACGGUGGAGCUGCUAAUCGACAUUUCAGAGAAGACGGGCGACAUUAAAGAGUUUGUGAACGCAGCAUACACCAGCACCUACUACAAAGGUCAGACCGCUCUGCAUAUAGCCAUUGAGAGGAGGAGUAUUUCCUAUGUGAAGCUGCUGGUCAGUAAAGGAGCAGACGUCCACGCUAAAGCCUGCGGGACGUUCUUCCAGCAACACGACGGCCCGAACUUCUACUUUGGCGAGCUGCCUCUCUCUCUGGCGGCGUGCACCAACCAGCCCGACGUGGUCGACUUCCUCAUGGAGAGCGAAUACCAGCGAGCCGACGCCAGGCUGAGCGACUCUCAGGGCAACACGGUGCUGCACGCUCUGGUGUUGGUGGCCGACAACUCGCCGCACAACACCGAGUUCAUCACCAACAUGUACGACCGCAUCCUCAUGACCACCGCCCGCCUGCACCCCAAGCUGAAGCUGGAGGACAUCGAGAACAACAAGGGACUGACGCCUCUAAAAAUGGCUGCCAAGACCGGAAAGAUCGGGCUUUUCUCACACAUCCUGCAACGUGAAUUCCACGAAAGUCACACCAAACAUUUGUCUCGCAAAUUCACCGAGUGGGUUUACGGGCCCGUCCACAGCUCGCUGUACGACCUGGCCUCCGUGGACUCGUACGAGGACAACUCCGUGAUGGAGAUCCUGGUGUACGGCAGUGACAUCCCUAAUCGCCACGAGAUGCUGCAGACGGAGCCUCUGAGCCAGCUGCUGGAGGAGAAGUGGAAGACGUUUGCAGGUCGGAUGUUUUUUCUCAACUUCGUGGUCUACCUCAUGUACCUGGCCGUCUUCACUCUCGUAGCCUACAAUAAGAAAUUUGGAGAGGUGAGCUGGCUGAAACACAGCGAUCGAUCUGAGUCAUCGUCCCAGACGAGCCGACGUUCACGUUGUCUCUUCUUUUCUUCACAGCCGCCGUUUCCCGGCAAACACACCUUGGCGGGUUACCUGUUUGUUUCAGGCCAGCUGGUGACCUUUCUGGCAAACUGCUAUUUCUUUCUCAUAGGGAUCGCAGACAUGAAGAGGAAACAGCCGAAGCUGCAGACGUUGCUGAUUGACGGAUAUUACGAGAUUCUUUUUUUCGUGCAGGGCGGACUCUUCCUGAUCACGAGCGGGCUGUACCUGUUCGGGCGGCGGGAGUACCUGGGCUUCCUGGUGCUGUGUCUGGCUCUCAGCUGGGUGAACAUGCUUUACUUCUCCAGAGGCGACAGACACAUGGGCAUCUACAGCAUCAUGAUACAGAAGAUGAUCCUCAGUGAUAUCCUGCGCUUCCUGGUCGUCUACAUCGUCUUCCUCUUUGGAUUCUCUGCAGCGGUGAUCACCCUGAUCAUAAAGCCUCCAAAAAACACCACUGUUGUGAGCACGCCGCCACCACCGCCGAAGAAUCGCCUCUUUACUCCUGUUGCGCCUGACGAGGAGUGCGUCAAACCAGGCUUCGAAAGCUUCGCCUACACCACACUGCAGCUCUUCAAGUUCACCAUCGGCAUGGGCGACAUGGAGUUCACGCAGGACCACGAGAACAAGGAGGUGUUCUACGUGCUCCUCAUCGGCUACAUCAUCCUCACCUACAUCCUGCUGCUCAACAUGCUCAUCGCCCUCAUGAACCGCACCGUGGAGAAGACCACCAUGGAGAGCACCAGCAUCUGGAAGCUGCAGAGGGCCAUCACCAUCCUGGACAUGGAGAAGAGGCUGUCCUGCUGUCUGAGGAGGAGGUUUCGCUGCGGGGUGGAGAAGAAACUCGGCACUGCGCUCGGAGACGACCGUCGCCGCUGUUUCAGAGUGGAGGAAGUCAACUGGAACAAAUGGAACAUCAACCUGGCCAAAAUCAAUGAGGAUCCCGGCUGCUGGGAUCGAGCCCAGCAGCCGGGCUCGUACAACUCGCCGCAGAGAGAGAGGAGCUGGAGGGGCUUCUUCAUGGAGGGCAGCCGGCGGCGGCGGCGGCAGACGCAUCACUCCACAGAGAUGAGUCCUCUGAGCCCCACGGCGGUCUGAAGGGACGCCAGAGAGCAUCACUGCGGCUGACUGACCCGAGCAUCGAGGCAUUCAGACCUAAAGACAGAAUUCAGUCUCACUUCCCCGAGAAAUGUAACUGCACAGUGUGUGAACGGCCUCGCAGACUGACCGGUGCUCCCAUAACGGCUCAGUUUUAAAUUUAGUCUCUGAGGCAAUAUUUCACCGCGUUUAUCUGACAUGAUGGUGUGAAAGAGUACAAUUUAUCAAAGCUGAAAGUAAUUGCCAAGUCACGCAUUUGAAUUACAUUAACCCUUUGAAACCUGGACUGACUUCACUUUUUCUUUGCUGCGUUCAGACACCUUUCACACGUUUUUCCAGGUACUAUCACACCUCGGGCAACAUGGUCUGAUUUCUCUCUAAACUUGGCCGGAAAUGUUCCCCAAAUUUAAAAAGUAAAUUUAGAAAAAUAUUUUUAAAAAGGCUAGGGA